CAAGGAGGGAAUGCAUCAUAGGAAGUUGUUAAAUUAUGUCGCAGAUGUUAGACUGGUUUUACACAAACACCGAUAGUAUGUUGUCGUAACUGAUGAUUCAAGGUUGUAUGCAUCUGACCAUCAGUUGUUGCGGUCUGUGGGAGGAAGAGCACAAGCUUGUCAACACUUAAGCUCAUCUAUACAGUCAGCUACAGGCUCCACAAUGAGGAAGGUGCUGGCAGAUGUCGACUGCGGGACAGACGAUGCUCAGGCCAUCAUGUUGGCGCUGGCCGCCCCUAAUGUGGAGCUUCUUGGUGUCACAUGUGUGCAUGGAAACACAACAGUGGAAAAUGUGUGCAAGAACACACUGCGAGUUCUACAAGCCUGCAAUAAACUGGAGAUCCCAGUGUUUAAAGGAGCUGCUAAGCCCAUCCUUGGAAACACAAUCAGUGCAGGACACUUCCACGGUCUGGAUGGCCUGGGAGACGCUCCUGACCCCAAUGCUCCCAGUCUGGACCUGGUUCAGAAGGAGGGCGCUGUGUCAGCUAUGAUCAGGAUCAUCAAUGAGAACCCAGGAGAGGUGGCUCUUGUCGCCACGGCACCGCUUACCAACCUGGCUCUGGCUGUGAAGUUGGAUCCAUCUCUUCCCAGCAAACUGCGAGGGCUUUACAUCAUGGGAGGCAACACUGAAUCUCGAGGAAACACCACUGUGUGUGCUGAGUUCAAUUUUGCUGCUGACCCAGAAGCCGCGUACAUUGUGCUGAACGAGUACAAUUGUCCCACUUACCUGGCCUGCUGGGAGUUCACCUGCCACAGCAAACUGUCCUGGGACUUUUGCGAUGCCUGGUUAGCUCAGAACACCGUCAAAGCUCGCUUUAUGGAAAGGAUCUUCCGCCACAGCAUCAAGGCUUCACAAAGCGAGAAAAUCGAGAAAGAGUUUGUCGCUGGCUCUGGUUUUGUUUCCUGUGACUCGUAUGCCAUGGCAGCUGCUGUGGAUGAUUCGUUCAUCCUGGAGAGCGACGAGUAUCCGGUCAGCGUGGAGCUGACAGGCACUCAUACCCGAGGCAUGAUGAUAGUAGAUACUGUGGGGUUCAUAAAGAAGACCACAAAAAAGGCUUUCAUCAUGAAGAAGGUAGAUAUGAAGAAGUUUGAGGAGAUGAUGAUGGCUGCUUUAAAAUAACAGAACAUGCUGAAGAGAUGCAAUAUAGCAACUUUGUACUGUACCAUCUAUUGUUUUUGGCUGAAUAUUUGUGGUUCUUUAAUCCUACAGAAUCAUUUUCCCAUUUGUUUUUUACAUAAGACAAAAAAGUGAAGUAACUGACAGGAAAUAGUAGAAAUAAAGACUAACUUUGACACUGUGAUAUAAAUACCAGUGACAGACCUCAUACUGCACAUGCAUUUCUCAACUGUAUAACAGAAACCGUUUUUAUCUGAGAAAUGUCCUGAUGUUUUUUGUACUUUAAUGGCACCUCAUUAAAUGUAAUACAAAGGG